UCAAAAGAAAGUGUGUGUGUGUGAGUUCUAUAUAAUAAGAGAGAGUAAAUAAUUCACCCAAAUUUCGUCCCACUUCUCUUUUCUUGAGAAGGAAAAAGGAAUUGAUGAGAUAGGAAUCCACGUUUCACAACGAGUAGCCAUCCAAACAAAGUGCGAACCCGAGAUAGUAAUUCAAAGCAAGCGCUCACUUUGUUUCAUCCAAAACCAGCUAAAAUCUCUAUUGAUAGUUCUCUACCACGAGGCGGCUGCACACAUGGAAUUAACUCACAUGGUUGCAGUUUCCAGAUUCUGCUAUCAAAAUCCCAGAAUUUGGAGUAGAACCCAAGCUCUUUCAUCAUCUCAGCAUUCAGUUUCACCACUUCCAUUAUCCUCUAACCGAAUUGCCCCCAAAACCCAUUUGAAUACUCUCCAAGAAGCUGCCAAACCAUAUGUUAGAACAACAAGCAAUGGCAUCAAGGAAGCCACUGUUAAUAUGCCAUCCAUGUCUGAUAUAUUGGCCUCCUCUAGAGCCCAGAACCUUGACGUUCAGCUCCGAACUUUAGGACCAUUGUUUAGGAUUACUGCUAAGAGCCUGGAGACCAACAGGGAACUUGGAAGAGCUGAGGGGCUCGUUAGGGUCUGGUUUGGAGGUAAAAUUCUGCACCUGGAUUCCAUUAGACUCAACAGAGAGACCCUAGGCAUGGAAAGAUCCAUUUUUGGUAUUGGUUUGUUUAUUGGAGCUGUAGCUAUUCGAUAUGGAUAUGACUGCGGUUGCAAGACUGCCGAGUUGCUUGCCAUCAACGACUCCGAUCUUUACCAUUCCAAGCUUGUUAGGUUCUACAAAAGGAUUGGGUUCAAGGUUGUGCAUGAAGUGACUGGUUCAACAAUUGGGGAUAUGCCCCAUAUGCUAAUGUGGGGAGGAGUUGGAACUCGAAUGGAUGCCAGUAUAGCUGAGCUUCUUGUAAAAUGGUGCAGCAGGUUCAAGUCCCAGGACUCAUUAUGUCGGAAUUAGUUGAUACUUCCAUGCUUUUAUCCAGCCCUGCUAUGAAAUUUUGGUUUGCAGUUUGGUAUGUUACUCUUCCCCUCUGAAGAAGAAGUUUUACUGCCAAGCUAGGGUCUUCUUUUGUUCAGCUCAGGCCUUGAUCAAGGAACUAAGGGGAGUUCUAGUUAGCAGAUCGGAUGGGACUAGGCAAUUAAGGAAGAGUUAGAAAGUGUCUUAAAGAGUUCAUAUCAGAAGUUAGAAUGCUCAAGCUGAUUACAAUAAUGCUUUGAAAUUAUUCUAUACAUUCUUCUUGGAAAUACCCCAACUACUGUCCAUUAUUGUGAUAAUGGAGAAUAAUGGAGAAUUGUUCUCAACUUCAGUGAAUUUUGAUUGAAGUAGUUUCAUGAAUGGACUGUAUUAUGUCCAUUACUUUGACCAUUGUUUACACGAAUUGAUACAGCUCACUUGAAUAAGAUAUCAAUUAAUUGAUAUAUGAAAUCGGAUUUUCAUGAAGCUGUAUCCAUUUCACGGAAGGAUAGCCAUGCAUCUUUUUGUUGCGAAUUAGAAGGAACCAUAUAUUAGAAUCUUUGCCGCUGUUGAGAGAGCUAUCAUAGCAUGAGAUGAGAGCAAGAGCCAAUCCAGUUCUGGGGAUCUUGUCUAGAGCUUUCAUGUCGAGUUCACCAGCAAUGUUUAAGUAAGAGUUUAGUGUCACCUUUAAUGUUACUAGAUCAUUUAGAAUGCAUGAACUCCAGCUGCAUGGGAACUUCUUAGUUUCUGAGAACCUCUUAGUGACCUAGUCUUAAGUCACCCAUUUGAGGCCUGAACUUUACAUAUCAAGAAUCAAACAUGGAACUUUCCAUCAAUGUUGUGCCAGCAAAAGGCACUUACAUUAUAAGCAUCAGAAUGGGAGCAUGGAUUCUUAUAUUUGAAACAGGGGCAAUGGUGUAGUUACAGAAAUGUAUUCCUAACCCUUGCAGAAAGUGUAGCAACAUAUAGAAUUAUUGAAGCAUUGCAACAUGGGUUUAGAAACUGAAAUAA